GAGAGCUUCUGAAAAAAAAAAAAAAAAACCAGAGAGAAUCAAAGGCAAAAUCCUCCAUGACGAAUUAUGAUGUCCGAGAUUCAAACUCCAGCACGAUGAUAAUCUCCAAGGAAGUAUCUCCUCAAUCCGUCUCUAGGAUCAAGGGUAUGCUUGAAGGACCAGAAAUCUCUGAUCUCCUCCGAGAAGUUUGCAACACAAACUCAAAGGACUUGUACUUUGACCUGGUUCGCGGCAACCUCAAGCCCCAACGAGUCGUACGUGGCCGAGUCACCUGUCUCCUCUCGGUCACACUCGCAAUUAGUAAUUUCUACGGUUCAAUGCAUGGAGCGGCUGUUGCGGCUGUUGCUGAGAUGGUGGCAAUUGCUUGUGCUAGAACCAUGGUGGAUGAGGACAAGGAACUCUUUCUUGGGGAACUGAGUAUGUCAUAUCUCUCCGCUGCUCGAACUAAUGCAGAGGUGAUAGUUGAUGGCUCUGUAGUCAGGAGUGGAACAAAUUUGACUGUAGUUGCAGUGGAGUUCAAGCUUAAGGAAACUGAGCAGUUGGUUUAUACUGCUCGUGCCACUUUCUACAACAUGCCUCUUUCAAAGCUAUGAGAAAAUCAACACUAAGUUUGUAAAACCCCUUAAAAUUUACAUUGUUCAGCGUAUCAUACAUGCUCUCUAUUCUCUCUCUGCUUUUCAACAAUUCAAGACAUCUUUCCAAAUCAUUUC